CUGGGCUGCGUGUCGUUGGUAACGCUUCGCUAGUUGCAUUCAAUAGUGAGACUGCUCCUACCCACAUUUCUAUGCCCUCACCCUCAGAUAGCACGCCGCUCUUGGGAAGCAUGGCAUCGUCUUUCCCCAACUCUAGGAUUCUCUGGAAAACCGGGGCUCUUUUCACUGCCAUUGGCAUGCUCGCUGGCGCAUUCGGGGCUCACGGACUGCAGAAGAGGCCGGGUGUUACACCGGACAACAUUCGUGCAUGGGGAAGCGCGGCUCAAUAUGCGGUGUUCAACGGGCUUGGGCUGCUAUUGAUUUCCAUGCAUCCGCGGUUUGCGACUCACAAAUUUGCGGGACCCGCCAUCGCCGCGGGAGGCUUCAUCUUCUCUAGCAGCAUCGUCGCGUUAGUUCUGGCCCGAGACAAGUUCAGGUGGAUGGGACCCAUCACUCCGCUGGGCGGCUCGCUCAUGAUUGCAGGGUAUAUUGCCUUGGCGUUGUGAGGACCUCGUUGAGUGACGCAACAUGGCCUGGAUGUGGAGCUGUUCAGGUCGAAUGUCUGUAUCUGGAGAUAGUCUGUAGUCUGCUCUGUCGUCUGCUAUGCAAUGCAUCCCCUCUCGUCGCAUAUAUUCAAAACAAACCUGCUGCACACUGGAUACGGAGCAGGAGAACGAAG